AUGGUGACCAAAUCCGAUAUUGAGACUGUGUUCCUUGUCAUCAAACUGUGGCCGAUGUUUAAUAUUUUAUACCUGAUCAAUUUUGGACAGAAUUUUUACAUCCUUGUGGCCAGUUCAGCCAAUUAUAGGAAGAUCGUGCAGACCAAACUGAAACUGAAACGUGCUACACGGAAUGACAGUGUCGCCGUCUCAAGAGUUCCAGUCCGUGCCACAGACUACGUUGACUUCAGAACGGACGUCACAGAAUUGUGUACCAAUAUCUCUCCCUCAGACAUCUACUUCUUUCCUGAGCUCAGGGACUGUAAAUGUGAGACGGAUGAAGAGGUGGUAGGUGUUGUAGAAGAGUUUUUAGGGUUGCAAGAGAAAGCCUGGUCUUCAGAAGGGUUAACAAUGCUGGAGAAACGCUGGACAAAAUGUACUGAACUCAAUGGAGACUAUGUAGAAAAAUGA